AAUUGCUUAUUUUGCUUCUCUUUCUUGUUUCCUCUUUCUCUGGCUUUCAGUUCAACAUGUCUGAUGCGUUUGAUAGUGAGAAUCCUAGUACCCCAGAUUAUACAAGUGCUUCUUCUACUUCUUAUUCUAUCUCUUCUACUUCCUUUGUCUCUUUGUCCUCUGACGAAGAGGUUAGGGCUUUUGCUGAAACUAGGACUAAAUCUGUACAUGAUGUCAUGUCUCGAUCUAAUCCUGCCGUUAUCCCCAUUUCUUCAGAUGAGGGGUCUUCUAGAGGCGACCCCUCUUCUCUUGUUAAUACAGGUCAUGCGCCAACCGUAUCUAUGUCUGACUUGUCGCCCUCUUACCGCCAAACCCUUAGGGAAUUACUUCUUGCUUGUCUCGCUAGGACUGUUAGAGUUAACCCUCCCCCUAGUGCUCCUUCUGGGUUGGAUGUUCAACCUCUGUCGGAGUGGGCUUGGUUGUAUGAUUUCACUGACCUUGAUGAAGCUUCCGAGUCGUUUGAGUCUUUGCAUAUUUCACUACUAGAAACGACACCUACAAGGACAAAUGAAUAACGACCAACCAAAUAAAAUUAUCGUGAAAACGUAAAUUUGUUCAAAGUUGAGCGCGGGUCAUCUAAAAAUUUAAAAUAAAAAACUGAACCAUAUUUUCUCAAAAACAAAUUCUUCGUUAUUUAUUCUUAUCUUCUGAAAAUAUUAAAACUCUUUCAAUUUUCUCUCCUCUCAAAUUCCAGGAUUUGGCGACUCAGCGACGAUAGCGACAACCGAUAGCGGCACCGGCACUACCACGGCGGCGGCACGACCAGUUAACACUUUUGCUACAA